AGGCUGCGCAUAAAUAGAGCACUUUCGCCAGUUUGGAGUCCAAACUUUGGACAGACCGACGAGUCUCGAGAAACUCCUUGUCAGCUGCACGAAGAUCCCUCGCUGCACAUAGUUUACUGAAACCAAGUACAGAGGGGAAGAAGAACCAAUGGAGACCAGCAUCGGCAGCAGCGUCAGAGUGUUUGACGGCACCACGGACUUCCGCGUGUGGAGAGCGCGGGUGGAGAACGAACUCAUGCGCUACCACUUGCUGGGCUACGUGAUGGUGCGCGGUUACGACGGGAGUCAGUCGUUCACGUACAACGGGGAGGAAGUGCCACCCCGAACGCUAGUAAUCCACGUGGACGAUGAGCAGCAGCAAUCAAUGAUCAAGGAGGAAACUUCUGGUAGUCGCAACACUGCGAUUCAGCGGGGACGACUCAGUCGAUGGGACGUCCUGGGGGAAAGUGCCGAGGCCAAGGGAAUCUUGCAACGCUAUUUGCAUCCGGACGUGGAGGCGGCGAUCCUCAACAAGAACAUUUACGACAGCUGGAAGAUGCUUUGUGCGCUUUAUGACAACCGCAGCAACCCUGGAGCUCAUGACGUGUACGAGAUGCACCGAGUGCUGCACCACAUUCGACUUGGUGACAAGAAAGCAGAGCCUGUGAGGGAGUUUAUCACGCGGUGGGAUAUGCUCAUGCAGCAAUAUGCGGUGGCGACGGGGAUCGAGCUGACCGACGCGUUUCGCUCCGUGUCACUGACACAAACGCUUCCUAGUGCAUGGAGGUCCAUGGUGGCGUCAUGGAGGGGGAUCAGACCAUUUGUACCGUAUGCGGAACUCAUGGAAAAAGUGGUUGCAUCACGGGAACGACUGCAAACACAGACAGAGCCAGCAAGUGUUCCGAAUGCCCUAGUAAAAGCUACAAGCAGCUCUUCCAACAGUUCAACGGACGUGCAAACUCCUCAAUCGGCAGAGAAGUCAACGGAUAAACCUGCGGCAGUAAAACCUGUAGCUCAACCUAUCGCCAAGCCUUCAGAGAAGACAGUAGAUACCUCAGCUAGCAAACCAGCAGACAAGCAAACGUCCAAACCAGUGAGUAAACCCGUUGAAAAGCCAGCAGAACAGCGCGCAGCAGAGGCGCCAAAAACUACCACAGCGAAUCCGAGCAAGACAAUUCCAUCGCCUAUUGAUGUGACUAGUGCAACUGACAACACUGUCGACUUAACGAGUGGGGAGAUACCAACGACUUCAGCAAAAAGCAAGAGCCCAACUAACACUCAAUCACUUGACGAUAACAGCAACACUCCCACGGAGCGAACGGAGAAAGCUCCUACUCCUCGAUCAUCUAAAAGUCCGACGACGGACGAUGACAGACACGACAAGAGCGACAGCUACGAGAAACGUCACUCGCGUGAUAAAUACGACUCUGAGAGGGGAUACGACAAGUACGCAUCCUAUAACCGCUACGAGAAGUCUCCGCGCAAACCACGCAGUAGAUACGACAAGAAAUACGAUAGCUACGAUCGCUUCGACAACUCCGGGCCCGUCUCGUGCUUCUACUGCCUCAAAGUGGGGCACCACAUGAAGCGCUGUUGGUACUUGAAAGCCGACAUUGAGAACGGCACGACCCACGAUCUGCACAAGAAGUUUUCGUGCGCUGUGACAAUCGACAGAAGUCAGUACAUGGUGCACUGCCUUGAAGCGUAUAUCGACGAGGUGAAUCGGGAGCGGGCAGCGUACGGGGCUUCGACGUCAAAGACAACCACGCCGCGGAGUCACGGCGACUACAACGUCGCUGAGAGUGUGGGACGCAACUACCGUCCGCAACAGCAGGAGUUCGUGCCACCACCACCGCCUGGUCAACCGCCAGCCUACGCGUUUCGAGAGCAGCAACAAUCCUCGAGUGCAACCACAGGCACUGACUACCGCAAGCGCUCGCACAGCGUGUUUCAGACCACCGAGAGCCGCGUUUCGUCGCGUGACCCGCGUCUUAAUCGGUCUAAUAGCGUCUAUCGAUCCACGGACGUCGGCGAGGACUUUUCUCCGCGGAAACGAGCUCGCACUCCGUCGUUCGAGCGGCAACGUCAAGCCUAUUAUUGAGCGGGUCAGUGGUGCGACUGAUGAGAUGGCUUCGCCUCAGAUUUCUCAGAUUGAAAGCGCCUUGUGAUUGGUUAAAUCAAUUCGUACUUAUCAGUAACA